AUGGCCACAAUCUGCCCGUUCCGUAUUUCUCGACCAGCGAGUGAUAAAUUGGAUCGCAAUGAAGCUUUCAGAGCGAUCAGAGAUAAUCUCAGGCGCCAGGAAUUGGGCUCGGAAGCUCCCAGUUUCUGUUCUUCCCACCGAUACUCAUGCUCCAACGAAGCACAAGAGUCGUUCCGAUUGCAUCGCGACAUAAUCCAUACCCUCCUACUCCCCCUGUUCCUUCUCCAUAAUCAAGCGUCUCGCAUCUCCGCCAGAAUUUUGUCCAGCCAUAAAGGGGCCGAGCCUGAGCGGGCCUUUCGAGGUGAUGCGCGCAGCUCUUUUGCGUGGCUGCAUUGCAUAUUCAGCGAGGAGCAUGAUUGGUAUCUGACCGAACGGUGCCCCGCCUGUAUCGUCCUGCACGUCUUGCAUUCAGAACCUACCAUUCGGUUUGUAGCUGUGGCGUGUCUUUUGUCAGACCACUUAUUGAAUCCGGGUCUGCUCAACUCCAGCCAGCGGUUGCCUAACUUUGAAUUUUGGCUUGAAUCGCUCUCGACGGCGGUGCGCGAGGAUCCGUUUUGGGGCGCUGACUGCUGGCCGGAGAUUGAAUACCGAGCCUGUUCGCUCACCGAUGGUGUCAAGCAGCUUGUACAGCAAUGUCUAGAAUUUCAGACAGCUCUCGACCGACAGGCUGCGCAAUCUGUCACGUCGUACAAAGCAAACUUUCGGUUCCAGCGCGAUUCAACCCAGUCGUUGCCAACUCAUUCAAUACCCCUGGGCGCGCCGGAGUGCUCACAGCUGCCGCUGGUAAAUGCAGAUGAGCCUAAGCAGCAUUCAAAGAUCACCGCGAGUCGGUGCCUGCAGUCGCCCUGGACCGACCGGCCUCGGCGGUUUCACACAAGGCGGGUAGCCGAUUCUCGAAGCCGUUCGGUGACAUCCUGA